AUUAUUAUGGAUUCCCUCCCCAAUCCACGUACCCAUUGAUGUGCUCAUAUCACACGAACGUAUUAAACUAAUAACAAAAUCAUCAUCAGUCUCGUAUAAAGCCAUCCAAAAAAUUCCAAUCAAAACCCGACAACCAAAACCCAAACGCCCGUGGAAUGUUAAGUGCAGUCAACACACGCUUGGAAAAGACUAACACGCGCGCGAAGUUAAGCCGCUCAUCAGACCGAUCCACUGUGGAGAUUCCAUAUCUCAAAAAUCAGACCAUUCUAAUCAUCGAUUGGGCCAAACAGCGAGGAAUUGGACCGUCGUCUUAUUUUUCACAGACGGCGUCUUGCCAGUGGGGAUUCCGUGAUGAGCAGCUCGGAUCCCACACACGUGUGAAGCGAUACACUUCACCCAACCUAUAAAUCCUAGUCUUCAAGACCGAACCAGGGUCAUCCAGCCAUGAAUUACAAAAACCCCUAUAACAAGCCCAACGCCAUCUGUUUUCUUAUCCUCUUCUCUUUCUUCUCUUCCGCAAUCGCAUCCGUCCGAUGCCAAAUCAACGUCUGGCCCAAACCCCGUACAAUCUCAUGGCCCACCCCUCAAGCCACCCUCCUCUCCCCUUCCUUCCAAAUCCUCUCUCCCUCCCACGCCCAUCUUCGCCCCGCCGUCCGUCGUUACCUCCGUCUCAUCCUCUCCGAACGCCACCACCCCAUCCGCCCCCCUUCCGUCAAUCUCAUCGUCUCCCUGCCGUUAAAAUCCCUAAAUCUGACCAUCGCUGACCUCCCCGCCCCCCUCCAGCACAACGUCGAUGAAUCCUACUCUCUAUCAAUCCCCAACACCAGCUCCGCCGCGGCUCUGACGGCCGAGACCGCGUGGGGCGCGAUGCGCGGUCUUGAGACGUUCUCGCAGCUGGUGUGGACCCGCGACGGACGGAUGGUGGUGCCGAAUGGUCUGUACGUGUGGGAUGGGCCGUUGUUUCCGCAUCGGGGCCUGAUGCUGGACACGUCGAGGAAUUAUUACGGGGUGAAGGAUCUGAUGAGAUUGAUCCGUGCGAUGAGCAUGAACAAGAUGAAUGUUUUCCAUUGGCACGUAGUGGACUCUCAUUCGUUCCCGUUGGUGCUGGAAUCGGAACCGGAGCUGGGAAAGAAAGGAUCAUAUGGGGAAGAGAUGCGGUACGACGCGACGGACGUAAAGAGGGUGGUGGAGUUUGGGAUGAGGCAUGGGGUGAGGGUUUUGCCCGAGAUCGAUACUCCGGGUCAUGCAGCAUCAUGGGCCGAAGCUUAUCCAGAGAUCGUCACAUGCUCAGAUAUGUUUUGGUGGCCCGCCGGGAUUGAAUGGGCUGACCGAUUCGCAUCUGAACCGGCAGCGGGCCAGCUAAACCCCCUCAAUCCCAAGACUUAUCAGGUCCUUCGAAAUGUCAUUGGCGACGUUACUUCCCUCUUCCCGGAUCUGUUCUAUCACGCCGGAUCUGAUGAGAUUAUUCCUGGCUGCUGGAAGGCAGAUCCGACAAUUGGAGACUUCCUGUCCAAUGGUGGGACCCUUAGCCAGCUCCUUGAGACCUUCAUCAACUCCACUCACCCUUACAUAGUCUCCCUCAACCGCACUGUUGUGUAUUGGGAAGAUAUCCUACUGGAUUCCACAGUGAAGGUGGGUCCCAAGUUGCUUCCCCCUGAAACCACCAUACUACAGUCCUGGAACAAUGGCCCCAAUAACACUAAGCUUAUAGUUUCCGCUGGCUACCGAGCAAUCAUCUCAUCGUCCGAUUUCUACUACUUGGACUGUGGGCAUGGCGGUUUCGUCGGCAAUGACAGCCGGUAUGAUCGCCAAACGGGUGAUGAUCCUGCACAACCAUUCAAUUACAAUGGUGGCAAUGGAGGAUCGUGGUGUGCCCCAUUCAAAACGUGGCAGCGGAUAUAUGACUAUGACAUAACCCAUGGACUGAGCGAGGCGGAAGCGAAGUUGGUCUUAGGUGGAGAGGUGGCGCUAUGGUCGGAGCAAGCGGAUCCGAUGGUCAUGGAUUCUCGAAUAUGGCCAAGGGCUUCGGCGAUGGCAGAGGCAUUAUGGUCCGGGAACAGGGACGAGAGUGGCAAGAAGAGGUAUGCAGAAGCGACGGAUCGGUUGAGCGAGUGGCGGUAUAGGAUGGUGGGGCGAGGGAUCGGGGCAGCGCCCAUUCAGCCACUCUGGUGUCUUAAUCAUCCCGGCAUGUGUAACAUUGUUUCAGAAAAUUAAUCCAUUCACUGCAAAUGCCACUGGCAGGACUUCUCCUUCUGAAAGUUUCAGAAAAUAAUGGAAAUGUCAUGUUUUUAACA